CGGCGCGGGCCCGGCGCGAUGGCGGGGCCGGGGCCCGGGCCAGCCCCUCCGCGCCUGGCGCUGGCCCUGGCCCUGCUCGCCGCGCUGGUGGCCCUCAAGUACUACCGGGACGCGGAGGCGGCGCGGCAGCAGGAGCUGGCUCUGAAGUCCUUGGGGAAUGAGGGGCUGUUCCUUUUCUCCUCCCUGGACACCAACAAGGACCUGUACCUGAGCCCAGAGGAGUUCAAACCCAUCGCUGAGAAGCUCACAGGGGUUGCUCCAGUCUCAGAAUCCGAAGAGGAGGAGACGCCGGAUCCAGACGGGGAGACUUUGUCCAUUGUGGCCAAAUUCCAGCCCUUGCUCAUGGAAACAAUGACGAAGAGCAAGGAUGGUUUCUUGGGAAUUUCUCACGUGGCUCUGUCUGGGCUCAGGAACUGGACGGCCCCAGCAGCCCCUAUGAGUGUCCUGCUUGCCAAGCAGUUUAAAGCCUUUCUUCCUCCAAAGGAUAAUCUGGAUCUUGGGGAUCCGUGGUGGAUAAUUCCCAGUGAACUGAACAUCUUCACUGGCUAUCUCUCCAACAACAGGUUUUACCCUCCACCUCCCAAGGGCAAAGAGGUGAUCAUCCACAAGCUGCUGAGCAUGUUCCACCCACGGCCCUUCGUCAAGACGCGCUUUGCCCCUCAGGGAGCCGUGGCCUGCAUCCAGGCCAGCAGCAGCUUCUACUACACCAUAGCAUUCCGGAUCCACGCUGAAUUCCAGCUGAACGAGCCACCAAACUUCCCCUUCUGGUUUUCCCCGGGGCAGUUCACAGGUUACAUUGUCCUGUCCAAGGACUCUUCCCACGUCCGGGACUUCAGGCUCUUUGUUCCUAACAACAGGUCCCUGAACGUGGACAUGGAGUGGCUGUAUGGGGCAAGCGAGAGCAGCAACAUGGAAGUGGACAUUGGAUACCUGCCUCAGAUGGAGCUGGAAUCCACGGGGCCUUCAGUGCCCACCGUGAUCCACGACGAGAACGGGAACGUCCUGGACAGCAGGGACCCCUUGGGGGAGCCCAUCCAGUUCGUGUUCGAGGAGAUCACCUGGCAGCAGGAGAUCCCCUGGCAGGAGGCAGCCCACAGGCUGGAAGUGGCCAUGUAUCCAUUUAAGAAGAUCUCCUACCUGCCCUUCACAGAAGCCUUUGAGAGAGCACAAGCAGAGAAGAAGCUGGUGCACUCCAUCCUGCUGUGGGGUGCCCUGGAUGACCAGUCCUGCUGAGGUUCAGGGCGAACUCUCCGGGAGACCGUCCUGGAAAGUUCGCCCAUCCUCGCCCUGCUGAACGAGAGCUUCAUCAGCAGCUGGUCCCUGGUGAAGGAGCUGGAGGAGCUGCAGAGCAACAGAGAGAAUGAGUUCCACAGCAAACUGGCCAAGCUGCACCUGGAGAAAUACAACUUCCCUGUGGAGAUGAUCAUCUGCCUCCCCAACGGCACGGUGAUUCACCACAUCAAUGCCAACUAUUUCCUGGACAUUACUUCUAUGAAGCCUGAAGAUGUUGAAAGCAGCAUCUUUAGUUUCUCAACCAAUUUUGAAGACCCUUCUACUGCAACUUACCUCCAGUUCCUGAAGGAAGGGCUGCACAGAGCAAAACCAUACCUGCACCCCUAAAAACAGGCACCUGAAUGCCCCACUGAGAUGGCCAAAGACUUCAGAGAUCUAUUUUGGUUACAGCAAAGCCUCCUCAUCUCCAUGCCAGACGUUGGUGUUGAACUGCAGGCAGUCCCAGACCCGGUCUUGGUUUGAGCCUGAGUUCCAGUUUACACAACCUGCCCUUUCAGUUCAGGCACAUUUCUACAGGAAUGAAAAUACUUGAAUCCAUUCCCAGUGCACCUGCCUGGGUGUGCCACCCACCUUCAUUUCUUUGCAGCUCCUGCUAAGCCUGGUGGAACUGGUGUAACCCCAGGACUGCUGAUCUCCAGGACUUGCUGAGUGCAGGGAGCAGCACUGCCAUUGUGACCGAACACUCGUGGUGAGGACAGAGCCCUGCUCCCCUCGGGGCCAGCCUGGUGUCCUGGGGCAGCUCUGGACACUGACUGACAGUGACAAUCCGUGUGACAGGGCAGUGGCAGCUGUGUGUGACAGCCCUGAGCAGCGCCCUGUGUCACCUGGUGGCCUCACUCAGGCAGGGUCUGUGCCCCGAGGGUGGCACAGGGACACUAGGAGUGGGCCCCAGGGCAAUAGAGGGGUCAGGUGAGGAUCAGUUUGAGCCCCCAGGAGCUCCCCCAGUGACCCCAGGCUAAAGGACACAGCAGUGAGCAGUGUCCCACCCAUCCAUCCCUCCCAGGGCUCCCUCCCCAGCAGCUCUGGGAGCUGCUCCCAGUGUCCCUUGAAGCUCAUGCUCUGUCCCUGUUUGCUUUGAGCUUCCAGGUUGUGCUGGGUGAGGAACCAUGAAGUUCCUUCUGGGAGCUGCCCUGAGAUCCUCACCUGGAUGAGGACUGGGCAGUUCUAAAAGCCAGAAGUACAAAAAGGUAUUUUCAGGAAUUUUUUCCAAAGAGAUUGUUCAGACAUGAAGCCAUUAUCCCUUACCUGAAGCCACCUUGAGCAGUUGCUCCCACUCUGUGCCAAUGCCUGGAUACAGAAUGAGCAUCAUUUUGUAAUUUGGAGAAGGAAAGGUUAAAUGGAACGGGUUUUAAGGCAUAUUCCUACAGACAUGUGAGGGGACAAAGCAUCCUCAGUAGCUGCCUGCAGCCAGCCCUGGCUGGUGAUGCUUUUUCUGCUCUCUGAAGCACAAUUUUGUUGGACCAAAUCAAAUUAAGGGAAAAGCCUUUUUUUUUUUUUCAUUCCUGGGCUCCAGGUCCUGGGAGGACCCUGGGGGUGGCAAUUACCCUGUCCCCAGCCUUCCUGUCCAUACCUGAGCCUGGGGACUGAGCUUAGCUGGACCUCUGGGCUGUCACUUCACUAAUUGCUCUAGUGAGAUUAAUUAAUGGCCCCGGGAUGUUUCUCAGUGUUGGCUUUGUAACUAUGCAUUAGCUCUGCACUUUCUCACACCCCAGUGGGACAGGCAGGGUCUCAGAGUUCCUGUCACCCCUUGGGCACUUCCAUCCCUGCCGGAUGAUCCCUGUUUAUUCUCACGAGCUCUCGGCACGAGCCUGGACAGUGGCAGAGGGAGCCCCAAAGCCACCUCCACGCCGGAGCAGCCUGGGGGAUCCCGAGGAGUCACAGGGGAGCCGCCCGUGUCCCUCUGGCUGUUAACGUGCCCGGCUGCUCCGUGGCUGCCGCCCGGGUGUCCAUCGGUCGGUGCCCAGCGCCGUGUGCUCGCCCGUUCGCUCCGUGUUCUCUCGGGAGCGGGUCCCGCUGCCGCCCCUGCCGCGCCUGGUGACGCCCCGGCCCGAAACCCGCGGCGGGCCCGGGCCGAUGUCGGCCGGGAGGGGCGGCGGAGCGGCCCCGGUAAAACAUCCGUGCAUCCUCA